CAAACCACCCUCGUUUCAGUCAGAAUCUUUCGUCCUCCAAAAUCAAUUUCGAAGAUGGAAAUGCCUAAGAAUCGUUCGAUUCUCAUCCUCCUGCUUCUUGAUCUGUUAAUCUUUCGGCUUUCGUCUUCAGUAUCAGCAAUCAGGAAGGACGCAAAAGACAAACGCAUUUGUAGAACUACAGCUCAAGGAAGAUACUUGCUAUCUGAUAAUAAUGGUAAUGUAUGUAAUGCGCUAUCAGUUGACCCGGAGUCUCGUUGCUGCCCUGAAAGUGGAGAGCAAUUUGCUUGUCAUGGAUGCAACCUUGUUACACGGUGCUGCAGUUCAUAUGAAUUUUGUGUGUCAUGCUGCCAGAACCCUGCAAAAACUCAGAAGGCACUGACACUGAAGGUGAAGAUAGCUAAUCAAGCAACAGCAGGCACCUACUCAAGUGUUUUUGACUUUUGUGCUGGGAGGUGUCGCCACAAUUCAGAGAGUGUGGUUCAUGAAAAUGCUUACCUUAGUGACUUCCAUCACUGCUUUUCUAUUCCUUCAAAUUCAUCAGGGACUACUGAUGCUCUUGUGGAGGCAAGACUAGCUGGCAUCAGUAUUGUUAUUGGAAGACAAGGAGAGUCCUGUGAUUCUGUUUGCAAGUCAAAUGGGAAGACCUGUGUCCCAAACAAACUGGUACUCCUUAAUCAGUGUGAAAUCAUGAAGAAAUACAUGAGCUGCAAAGGAUCAUGUUUGGCAAGCACUGGAGCAGACCAACCUGCUGAAGUUGUUGAAGAUGCCCCAAGACAUCUGCAUCCGGGAGCAUGCUUGUACACUGAAAAGGAAUCGAUGCUUUCUUGUGAUGGUUUGCAUCAGCACACAAGGAGGCUUUGCCCCUGCGCUUAGGUCCACAAUUUGUCCCCCGCAAUGUCUCACUUGCCAAGCAAGAGGCAAGCUUCCUUGCCGACGAUGAAAACAUCUAGGAGGAACCCAAGCAAAUCCCAUCAAUCAAUCAACAUCUGUCAGGGAAUUUGGGAUGUUAUAAGUUUGUGAAUUUAAUUUUAUAAAAUGAAUAAGUUCUACUUGUCAGGGAAUUUGGGAUGUUAUAAGUUUGUGAAUUUAAUUUUAUAAAAUGAAUAAGUUCUACUUGGCCCGACGAAUCCACUGAGUCUCUCACAAAAAAAGGGUAAAAAAAUAAUUUUAUUUUUGCUCACUUUGUAAAUUUGUAAAGCUAGCCAUUAUCUCCACUCCUGCUCUGUUGUCUCCCUUGCCAUAGUCGUUGUCGUGUUUCCGUCGUCUCUCUGUCAUCGUCACCUUAUUUCGUCGACAGUCGAUGCAGCGACUGUUGGGGAGUUGAGGCGAGGUAACGAUGACAGAGCGGUGAUGAAGAUGAGGCAACGACUAUAACAUGGGAGACGGGGGUGGGGAAGGGAAAAAGCAAGAAGUGGGGGCAAAAUUGUCUUUUUACUCUCUUUCGAUAAUCUGAUCGAUAAGCUUGUCGGGCUUUCUAGAAUUUUUUCUAUAAAAUAUGUAAGAAUAUAUAUGCAAUUGACUAUAUAUUUUUUUUUUUAGGAGUUGGGCUUUCAAAUUUUUAUUCAUAGUAAAUUUAUCUGUACGAUAGUA